AUGCCCACGUUAAGACGCAGAAGAGAGGCAUCGCGCCCCGUCGAGGAGCCUGAGGUCGACGAAACGACGUCCAACGCGAUCGAACCCAUCGCAAGCCACCUCGAGCGGCUCGAUACCGCGCCUGACGGCAAGAUCGAAGCUCUAGCUGUUGUCAACGACGCGACAGAGGUAGCGGAAGCAAAAGAGACACAGGCACUCCAAAUUAGCGAGAGGGAUCGCGACCACCAGCACCCGCGGAAGCAGCGAUCGCACCUCCCGAAAGCGCUGCAGUUCCCGCUUGUCACGGUGUUGAGCUUCAGCAUCUCAAGUCUGUGCUACAGUUUCCUCAGCGAGUGGAGCCGUGGAGAACUGGCGGGGAUCUCAAAGAGCUUGGACACCUGGGGCGAGGUUGCAACUUUGGCUGGAUGGCGCAUAUUUGAGCUCGCCCUAGGUUGGUUCGGCAACUUUGAUAGCUACGAUCUCGCUGCGCUCAACCUGCUCGCGCAUGGUCCGCCGGUCUACCUUAUCGCUACCUUCUACAACAUCAGCACCGCCACGGCCAUCUCGGCUCUGGGCAUUGAGAUGCUGUCUACCUUCCUGCCCUUCCAACUCCUGAGGCCUUUGUCGGGCGCGCAUGCCGGCGCUAAGAACGUCGCCAACCGCGAGAUUCUCACCGACAUCCCGAUCCAGAUCUACACCACUAUCCUGUCGGCAGCCAUUUACAGCCUCACCCUGUUUACUGCUUACAAGACUUACCUGCCCACCACCCUCGUGGUCUACUUCCAGGGGCUGCCGAGCCUUGCACCCGCCUACACCACCAACUUCCUAGCUACGUUGCCCGUGACAGUUGCGUUUGGCGCUGCAGCAAAGUCCUUCAUCUUCACGCCCUUUGUCGCGACUGGCGAGACUUCCGAGGACGAGAAGCUGGCCGAGUUCGACCCUGCGACGGCCACGCUUGGCGAGACUCUGGCGUGGAACAUUUGGGGCUACACAACGCGGGCGAAGGUUGUCAUCCUGCGAACCGCGGUCGCCAUGAUCGUCACGGGUGUCAACACCUACCUGCAGACUUUCAUGACUGUCAACGGCGUCGAGUCGUACGGUGCGACUGCUUACUCCGGCGCCUGGGUCGCCGCGGCAUUCUUCACCGGUAUCGGUCUUGCAUUCGUCGGUGGUGGAGACUCAUGA